CCGAAUGUAACAGUCACUGAAAAGUCACCACGACUCACGUCGGGUCAGUUUGAAUUACAUAUAAUUUAAUUUGAGGAUUUAUAGUCAGGCGCGUCUCCGCCAACCACACCGGAAGUCGACGCUGGAGUUUGACACAAGGAUCAGGCCUCCGACGUUUCCUGCCAUCGAUCGCUCCUUGCCGGGUCCAGGCCUGCGGAAGAAUCCGUCUGGGAUGCAUCGGCCUGUGACCCGAACCUGAUCGGCCCCCAAUCCAUCCCUCUGUCCAUCCACCUUCUCCUGGGUCCAGUCCUCUACCUCAUCCUCCUCUUUCCCAACAAGCUCUUCUGCACCAUUCGUUCCACAGACUGAAGAAAGGCUGCGGAGGCCCACCCACCCAUGUGUCUUGACCUUUUCCUUGCCGCACAAGAGCCAUAAAAAAACUCCAUGGACCAAUCAGCAUGAGACUCUCGCUGCUCCUCCCCCUCCGGCAGACCCCGCCCCUCGCUGGGCUCGGGCGCUGCCGUCUGUCGGCGCUCUCGUGCAGACGUCUCAGCACAGGCCCUGGCCCUGCCCCCCAGCCUGCGAUUGGCCAGGACUCGGUGGAGGUUCUGGGCCGGUCCCACUCACGCGAUGACUUCACCAACGUGACGCCAAAGAUCCUGGCCAAGGUCGGCCGCAACCUGCACAACCAGCCGCACCAUCCUCUGUGGCUGAUCAAGGAGCGAAUCAAAGCUCACUUCUAUAGUUCCUACAUCGGUCGCUGGGGCAACCCGCUGUUCUCUGUCCAUGACAACCUGAGCCCGGUGGUGACAGUGGAGCAGAACUUUGACAGCUUGCUGAUCCCGUCCGACCACCCCAGCAGGAAACGAGGGGACAACUACUACCUGAACAGGAAAAUGAUGCUUCGUGCUCACACCUCCGCCCACCAGAGGGAGCUGGUGAGGUCGGGUCUGGAUGCGUUCCUUUUGGCCGGAGACGUGUACCGACGAGACGAGAUCGAUGCCAGUCAUUACCCCGUCUUCCACCAGAUGGAGGGAGUCCGGCUCUUCUCCAACCAUGAGCUGUUCGCUCAGGUGCAGAACGGCGAGGAUCUGUCUCUGCUGGAGGUCGGAGGUCGCAGGACUCCUCAGAAGCAGGAGACUCACUCGCUUGAGGCCGUGAAGCUGCUGGAGUUCAACCUGAAACAAACUCUGACGCGACUCGUCACUCACCUGUUCGGAGGAGAUGUGGAGAUCCGGUGGCUUGACUGUUACUUCCCCUUCACUCAUCCCUCCUUUGAGAUGGAGGUGCGUUUCCAGGGCGACUGGAUGGAGGUGCUGGGCUGUGGGGUGAUGGAGCAGGAGCUGCUUAACUCCGCGGGGGCCGCGAACAAGCUGGGCUGGGCCUUCGGUCUGGGCCUGGAGAGACUGGCCAUGGUCCUGUACGGCCUCCCCGACAUCCGGCUGUUCUGGAGUCAGGAUGAACGCUUCCUCCGGCAGUUCCGGGUUCAGGACGUCCACCAGGCGGUGUGUUUCCAGCCGCUCAGUAAAUACCCCCCCCUCCACAAUGACAUCUCCUUCUGGCUGCCGGAGGAGAGCGAGGCGGGGCGAGAGAGCUUCGAGGCCAACGACUUCUACGAGCUUGUCCGCUCCGUCGGAGGAGACCUGGUGGAGAAGGUGUCGCUGGUGGACGAGUUCACACACCCAAAGUCCGGGAGGCGGAGUCAGUGUUACAACAUCAUCUACCGCCACAUGGAGCGAACUCUGACCCAGCAGGAGGUUCGACUCGUCCACGAGCAGAUCGAACGGGCAGCCGAGGCCGAGCUCGGCGUGCAGGGCAGAUACUGACACACACACACACACACACACACACACACACACACACACACUCGCUCCCUCAUGUAACGCAGCCUCAUCACGUCGCCGUGAUAUUUUGCCGCAGGGGGAAACGUGUUGACUUUAAUACAAACGUCCCUAUUGGUUUUGAUGCUGCUGCCAGCGACACACACACACACACACACACACACACACCAGCUCGUCACGUUCUCUCCUCUUCAGACUAAAACGUCCAAACUUGACGUGCGUCGUCUUUAAUUUCCUGAAACGUCCUCCGGGCGUCAGACGAACGUCACGUUCGGUCGCUGAUCUCAGACCAGACACACGAUCACAGCAACGUCAUCGACUCCGUUUCAUCAGAUGAGUCGGCCCCUGGUCACACGUUGUCACGACAACAAACACUGACAGACGUAUCGCAGCCUUGAAAGUCAACCGAUAUGAUUUAUGUUUCACUCGACACGUAGACAACGUGAUAUGAGGAAACAGAACUAUAAUGUUUUAAAUUUGAAAUUCAGAACUAAUAAAACAAAUUCAGUUUGUUGAGAUCACAUUCGGUUCAUCGCCGUCUGUUUUCAGCCUGAAGCUCCGAGGAGAAGAAUCACUCACACCUCAUAUUUUUACAGAAACACAAAUAAUCAUGAACUAUUUUCUUACGACAAACUUUUAGUUUCUCUUCAUUAUUUGUGAAAAGUCUGUGACUCGAAAGUUUGUAUCUUCAGUUAAAAACAUUAAACCUGUUUGGUCACAUGGUU